CUGGGAUCGACAGGCCCACAACGAUCAUCGCUGUGGAAGUGUUCACUUCCGCGGGCUGUUCUAUUGCCUCAUUAGGCAGGCGGUGUGGAUGGAAACGCCAGGACGCGUUUGGACGCGUUUUCCGUCUUUUGCGGCGUCUUUAAUUAACGAUAACGGGGGGUAUAGCGGCCAGUAUAUCGAUUCCACCACGUAGUGGUUUGUCAAGGAUUUAACCAUCGAGUUGUCGAUUAUUCCGCGAUGGAGGAUCUUACUGGAGAGCUCAAUGAGCUUUUUGCUGCCUCUUCCCCCGAUGGCCUACCCAAAGAUGUUCUCACGGAGUUGCAGUCUAUCGUGCGGGUGCAUUCGAUGUCACCGCAGGAACUCUUCUACAAAUGGGAGUCUUUCUGCUUGAAGAUGGGGUCGGAGGAGACCAAAUUGAAUCUGGAUACAGUACGAUUGUUCAAGCGAGAUGUACAAGAAGCGUUGGAACGAGAGAGUCGAAGCAAGACCGGACGGCAGGCGGAGAAGAAGAGCACAAUGAGUGCUACCCCGCGCGCAGCGGCAAAUACUGAUAUGUUUGGGAUGUUGGAUGGAUUGACCCCCAAUGCCUCUAAUGGCCGAGCCCCGAACGGUGUCAAUGGCUCAGCAAAGCGCAAGUCGGAUUUCGGAUCGCCUUCUGUGUCCAAGGUGGGCAAGGUCGAAUCUCCAAUGGGCACGAAAAUGUCGAGUAAAGGUGCUGGUGCAGCCGACGGAUUACAGCCAAUUCCCUUCUCGGAGCGUCAGAACCCAGGCCAGACCAUCGAAACCAUAAACUCUCAUUUACCAGCAUCAGAAGCCCCCAUGGCUCCUUAUUCAGAGCCCCGGAUACGACCAACAGCAAAUACAGAUUUGAAGAAGUUUGGAUACAAACCAAUGGGAUUGCGCCUUUCUGAAGCGUCGGAGAUUUUGGACGACCGAAUCGAUGAGUUCAUGGCCCUUUUUCAGCAGCAGUAUGAGGCGGAGGAUGUUACAUUUGGCAGCGCAGCCACACAGAGUACCAGCGAGAUCAUUGCCGUCGGACGCAUCGCGUCCGACAGUCUUGAAGGAAAGCUCAACUCCGCAUCGCUUGUACUCGAAACAUCUCGACGAACUGGGGCUGGCUUGCGAGUGCCAUUGAAAGUUGACUCCUUGCCGUCGGCCAAUUUCUUUCCAGGACAGAUUGUUGCCCUGAGAGGAAUCAACGCAUCGGGAAACUACUUUUCGGUUAAGGAUGUUUUACCAACUCCUCUAUUACCACCUGCAGCAUCAUCCGCAGUCGUUUUGGAUGGCAUUAAUGAGCGGUUGGGUGAAGGAGAUGCCAGCGCCCCAUUGAACGUUAUCGUUUCCUCUGGACCGUAUACAGCCGAUGAUAAUCUGGAUUUCGAACCGUUGAACGAAAUCUGCCAGAAAGCCGCUGACAGCUACGCGGAUGCAGUUGUCCUGAUGGGCCCUUUCUUGGAUAUCGAACACCCGCUACUGGCAUCGGGAGACUUUGACCUCCCCGAAAUCAAGGGCUACGACCCCGACACCGCGACACUGGCCACGGUAUUCCGGCACUGCAUCACAGCCCCGCUACAGCGACUCGUAGCGGCUGUUCCCAGCAUCACCAUUGUGCUGGUUCCAUCCGUACGAGAUGCAGUAAGCAAACAUGUCUCCUGGCCGCAGGAGCAAUUACCAAAGAAGGAACUCGGACUUCCCAAACAAGUCCGCGUCGUCUCAAACCCAGUGACCCUCUCCUUCAACGAGACCGUCAUUGGAAUGUGCUCUCAUGAUGUGCUCUUUGAGUUGCGGAGCGAAGAAGCCAUCCACGGCAGGCCCAAGGAAGGCAGCUUACUGACCCGGUUGCCCAAAUACCUCGUCGAACAGCGCCAUUUCAUGCCCAUCUUCCCACCAUCCUCGCGCGAGAGUCUGCCCAAAUCUGGGAGUGGCAUUGCGACCGGCGCUAUGCUAGAUUUGAGCUACUCGAAGCUGGGCGAGUGGUGGAACGUCCGGCCGGAUGUGUUGAUUACACCAAGUGUGUUGCCACCAUUUGUGAAGGUUGUCGACAGCGUACUCGUGAUCAACCCAGGCACACUAUCCAAGCGACGAGCAGCAGGGACAUAUGCCCAGAUGGCGAUCCACCCCCGAGAAAUCGCAGAAGAUGAACGGGAACAAAAACAACUAAGCCACAAACUCUACGAGCGGGCACGGGUAGAUAUUAAUCGAAUCUAGUGUAUUAUAUGAGCAUAGGCGGUAUAGGCGUUGGCGUUUAAGACAUGAUAAUGACAACCGUGGUAUCAAACCAGAGCAUUCUGGUAAAAAUAAACAAAGACAGAAAUAAAAAAUAAACCAACCCCUCCAUCCCAAACAAAAUAGAAAAAGAAGAAAAAAAAUCACCGUAAACAAACCACCCUCUUCCCCCCCAUCAACCUCCCC